UCCCAUUUCGCCCGUCUCUUCCAUUGCACAUUGUCUCUCGUCUUGCUUCUGGAACUUGUACUGUCUCUUACAUUCUCGUUCAGCUAUCACGUAUCUCACAAUGGUUCUCGCACGCCCUCACAUUCUCCGCGCAUCCGCUCGGGCCGUCGGUGUCGCAGCUCGACGACCUCCCACCCAGCAAUUCGCACGCAGGACAUAUGCUCAGUCGCAUGAUGCUCCCAAGUCCUCCGAUAUGCCAUGGCUCAUCGCAUCUGUUGGUUUGGGUCUCCCAACAGCGUACUACCUGCUUCAAGGCGGACCCCAGAAGAAACCCCACCACGGCCACGACGAAGCUCAUGGAGCUGGACACGUUGAGAAAGGGGAGAAGAAGGAGGCCGAGUCGUCUGCAGGUGAUGCUGCUCCUCAGCCUGAUCGCGACUCGGAGCAGAAGGUAGAAUCUUCCGGUAGUGGUAGUACUCCUUCGACGGAUGGAAAGGCACCUUCUGAGGCGGACCAGGCCGCUAGCCGAAAGGAACCAGGUUCUUCGGCCACUAUCUCCUCUAAGCAGGAGGGCCUCUCUAACACGGACACUGACAACCCGUUCGUGAACGAGCCUGGAAAGAGCCAAAAGGGAGAGGGAGAGACCGAAACCGCUAAGGUGAAGGGAACCGUUGCUCCUGACCGUCCUCAGGCGUAAUUGGGUUGCCUCAGGGUCCAGUGUGAAAAGUUGAUUCAUAGCUCUGGCGGCGAUUGUUGUAUUCUAUCUUCCAUGUGGCAUGAUCGAAUGUUAGAUCACCAAGAGGUGUUAAUGUAACAUCUUUGUCUACUGGCCUUUCGUGCAUGCGUAGAGGGUCAUGAAACAGUCAGCUUGACCUUGGGAUGGUGCAGUCUAACCGGAUGAUAAGAUGAAGAGGUAAAGAAAUG